AUGAAGGAUGAUGGGCUAUAUGGUUCAAUUCUGAAAUGUGUUAAGCGUCAUGCAAUUGUGGAUAUUAGAAGUGGUAUAGGUAGACCCCACAACCUGAAAUCAGGUGUCAUUUAUGUUGGUGGUGGUCUCCACAUUGUUGCUUUUGCAUCCUAUGGAUAUUGGGGAGCAUAUAGUGGACCAGGCCAUCUUAAAACUAUAUCUCCUUUUGACUUAGAUGAAAUUAAUACUUGGAAUUUUGAAGAUGUUCAGUAUUCUGAACAAGAGUAUGCAAAUUUCUUUGAUUUUUUUGUCACUCCAAUCUGA